AUGGCACCUGGACCUAAGUUCUGCGUCCGUUCUGAGUAUAAGAUGUGUACAAAGAUGGUCCAAGUCCUCUGGGGAUGUCUCCUCCUGUGGAAUCUCUACAUCUCAUCCGCUCAGACCAUUUACCCUGGAAUCAAGGCGAGGGCUACUCAGAGAGCUCUGGACUAUGGCAUUCAAGCUGGGGUGGAGAUGAUUGAGCAAAUGCUCAUGGAAAGAAACAUCCCAGAUUUUAAAAGUUCUAAAUCUGAAUUUCUGAACAUUGAUUAUGUGAACUACAAGUUUAUAAACAUAAAAAUCAAUGCCCUUUCACUUCCAAAUACUUCACUAGCCUUUGUGCCUGGGGUGGGAAUCAGGGCCCUGAUCAACCACGGCACUGCCAACAUCAGCACAGACUGGGAAUUCAAGUCUCCACUUUUCCAAGACACAGAAGGAGUUGACUUGUUUCUCUCUGGGGUCUACUUCACCAGUAUAGUUGUCCUGGCCCUGAAUGACUUUGGUCACCCAAUCCUGAAGCUCCAAGACUGCAAUGCCCAAGUGAGCCACAGUGACGUCUCGUUUUCUGGAGAGCUCAGUGUCCUAUAUAACUCCUUUGCUGAGCCCAUGGAGAAACCCAUUUUAAAGAACUUAAAUAAAAUGCUCUGUCCCAUUAUCACAAGUGAGGUGGAGGCACUGAAUGCCAACCUCAGCAUGCUGGAGGUUUUAAGAAAGGUUGACAACUAUACUCUGCUGGAUUAUUCCCUAAUCGGUUCUCCAGAAAUUACUGAGAAUUACGUUGAUCUGAAUUUGAAGGGCGUAUUCUAUCCCCUGGAAAAUCUCACAGAUCCCCCCUUCUCAUCAGUUCCUUUUGUGCUCCCAGAACACAGUGACUCUAUGAUCUACAUUGGAAUCUCCGAGUAUUUCUUUAAAUCUGCAUCCUAUGCUUAUUUUACAGCUGGGGCUUUCAACGUCACUCUCACCACAAAAGAGAUUUUCAACCGUUUGAUUCGCAACUCUCAAGGCCUUGGCAACAUGCUCUCCUGGAUUGCAGAGCUGUACAUCUUGUCCCAGCCCUUCAUGGUACAGGUCAUGGCAAGAGAGCCUCCUGUGGUCAAUUUAUUACCGGGUAACUUCACCCUAGACAUCCCUGCCUCCUUCGUGAUACUCAGCAAGUCCAAGAACUCGACUGCGGAAACCAUCGUUUCCAUGGAUUUUGUUGCUAGUACCAAUGUUGCCCUGGCUAUUUUGGGACAAAGAUUGAUCUGCUCUUUAUCUCUGAACAGAUUCCGCUUCUCUUUGCCACAGUCCAGUCGCAGCAGUAUCGAGGUCUUGAGGUUUGAGAAUAUUCUGUCUUCCAUUCUCCACUUCGGAGUCCUCCCACUGGCCAACGCAAAAUUGCAGCAAGGAUUUCCUCUGCCCAACCCACACAAAAUCUCACUCGUCAAUUCAGAUAUUGAAGUUCUUGAGGGUUUCCUUUUGAUUUCCACUGACCUGAAGUAUAAAGCGUCCUUAAAGCAGCAGCCAAGUUUUCAUGGUUGGGAAGCUCUGAACCUGAUAAGUGGACAGUGGAGGGGGAAGCCAGCCCCUUGA